GCUGAUUUUGAUGAGGCCGAUGACGAAGAAAAUAAUGCAGCUCGUGUUGCUGUGAAGAACGACUAUUUGAUGCAAAUGGUGUACGGUGUGGCCCAUCUAAUAUUAGUAUUUGAUGAAGCUGUAGUUGUUUCAAACGAUUUAUCGAAGGGCAUUGAUAUCGUUACCAAAUUGUUGAAAUCAGAUGAAAUUUUUUGGAAACUCGUUGUUGAAUUGCUUUAUUUUUUAGAAAGAUGUACAUCGCUUGGCGAAGUAACUCUAUUGCUUAUGGCCGUGGCAUCGCUUCUCGUUGAAAACAUCUCCCAACGACACACAUUUGCACAACAGUCUGUUUUGGAAUGUAUUGCUAAACGAGCGGAAAGCAAGCAGUGCAGUCUGUCGUUGCACGCGUGCGAAGAUAUUGUACAGAAACUGCGAAGCACAUCAAUCAUACAAUCUUCCGCCAUUCUCACGAGUAUUUUGAAAGAAUAG